AUGCAUCAAUAUGACUCAUAUAAUCGUAGCAGUUUGGUAGACACCGCCACGAGUGUGUGGAACCAGUAUUACCCAGAAGACCAUAAUAUAGGCAUUCGGCAGCCCGGUGAGACUCGCUCCAUGCAAUAUUAUAAUCCAAUCAGUGACACCGACGGCCGCUUUCAAGCUGCCAUGACUUUUCUCAAUUGUUUCCGACAUGGCCAGCAAUGGGCGCCAUUACUUCAAUGUGAUCUGACGCAAACAAAUGUGACGGUGGUGUGGCUGCACUACUCGGAGCUCAUUCGGACCGGCACGGAGGACUUUGAGCGAGCUGUGACGGAGAAUAUCGAAGACGUAUUGCUUUGUUUAGGCAUCGCCUUGUGUAUGCGGCGACAUGAACUUCGAGUGGAAGAAGAAGAAGACAUCACACGGAAACGAAGUGUGCCCGUAGAUCGCACCAAGAUCACCGUUCGACUCCAUGGAGUGACGCCCGUGCUGCCUAUUGCAGCAUUAAAAGCUGAUGUCGUGAACCAGUUUGUCAGUGUUGUCGGUACAGUCGUGAGAGUGAGUGCUAUCAAGCCGCUAGUCACGAGGUGUGACUUUGUGUGUGCCAAGUGCAAUGAAGCUACGUCCAGAGCAUUUCCAGACGGAAAGUUUACUCCACCACAAUCGUGUGAGAAUGCAACUUGCCGAGGGAGAACACUGCUACCGAAUCGAUCGUCGGUAAAUACGGUGGAUUACCAGAAAAUCAAGCUCCAGGAAAUGGAAACUACAGAUGUUGGUCCUGGCCGCAUGCCACGAAUGAUUGAGGUGGAAUUGUACGAAGACCUUGUGGAUUCCUGCAUUCCUGGUAACGUAGUGACAAUCUCAGGUAUUGUUAAGAGCAUCAACUCGGAAAUUCAUGAAGGUAGAUACGGCAAGCGUGCGCAGGCAAACAGUCUUUAUAUUUUGUACAUCAGCGCUAACUCAGUUGAAAACUCAGCCAAGGUGGACAAGGACAAAGAUAAAGCUUCGGACAUUAAUUUUACCAAGAAAGAUCUGGAGCAGAUCAGCAACAUCAUCAACCAGGGCAAUGUGUUCGACCAUCUUGUUCAUUCCUUGUGUCCAGGCAUUUACCGCAAUGACAUUGUAAAAGCUGGUCUGGUUUUAGCUCUGCUGGGCGGAACCCGGAACUCGGACGAUAAGGACACUACAUGUUUGCGCAGAGCGGAUUCACAUGUGCUUGUUGUUGGAGAUCCAGGACUGGGUAAAAGUCAAUUGCUUCGGGCUGUGUCCAUGGUUGCACCACGAGCUGUGUACGUUGGUGGAAACACGACCACGACGACGGGGUUGACUGUUACAAUGGUGAAAGAUGGAUCUGGCGAUUACGCGCUGGAAGCCGGUGCACUCGUUCUUGCAGACCAGGGUGUAUGCUGUAUUGAUGAGUUCGAUAAAAUGGGAAUUGACUACCAGGCAUUGCUAGAAGCGAUGGAGCAACAAAGCAUCAGCAUUGCAAAAGCAGGUAUUGUGUGCAAUCUGAAUGCACGGACAUCGGUCGUCGCUGCUGCUAACCCUAGCGGUGGUCACUACGACCGUAGUCGCUCAGUGGGAGAGAACCUGAAAAUGAAAGCUGCACUGCUGUCGCGCUUCGACCUUGUUUUCAUCCUGUUGGACCGACCAGACGAAGAGAGAGAUCGACUGUUGUCAGAGUACGUGAUGAACUCGCAUGCGCGCGGCAAGCGAAGACCAAGGAAACGUAUGCGAGACAACAAUGCAUCAAUGCCUUUUCAAACCUCCAGCCGCUACGUUGACGAACCAGCAGUAAGCGGCUACGAAGAGGCUGCAACGUCUGGUCGUCGAAUGCUGUCGCAUCGUCUCCGUCAGAACGCAUCCGAGUUCAGUGCAAACGCCAUUCCUCUCUACUUUGUGCGGAAGUUCAUCGCUUAUGCUCGCCGGUACGUGCAUCCACGUCUGUCAUCCCAAGCUGCUGCCGUGCUCCAAAAGAAGUACUUGGAGCUGCGUUCAGCGGGUGAGGGUCGGCAGAACCCGAUGGAUGGUAUACCCAUUACAACACGACAGCUCGAGUCGCUGAUCCGCCUCUCACAAGCACGCGCCCGAGCUGAACUCGCCGAAACUGUGUCUGCCGAGCACGCUCAAGACGUUGUUGACAUCAUGCAAGAGUGUUUGCUGGACACGUACGUCACUGAAGACGGCAACCUUGACUUUGGCCGCAGUGGAGGCAUGAGUCUGGCCAAAAAGGUCAAGGCGUACGUCGCUCGACUUAUGAAAGCUGCAGCUAGACGCAACACUUCUCUAUUUUCCAUGACCGAUCUGCUUGAAGUCGCCGAUAGUAUGGGACUUCAGGUGGACGACUUUCGAGAUUUCGUGGAAAUUCUACGCAAUGAAUGCUACUUGCUGAAGAGAGGUCCUGGACAGUUUAAAGUGCAAGUAUCAUCGUACAACAUGAUAAGUCCAAUGACAAAGUUUAAACUACGACGUGCAACUCUACUUGAUGUUAAGCUUCUCACGACGAGCCUUUAUCUGCUGGUCCACGAUUUCCUGUGGUCUCUCGGAAGAAAAGAGGUCGUGACCAGCCUUUUGUUCUAUGGAGACAAACGAGAAUAA